AUGCUAGAUGAUAUGGGUGUUACUAUUGACCCGACUGCAGCUGGAGACCACAAGCCUACAGCUGAGCGAAACAAUCGAACCCUGAAAGAAAGAGUUAGAGUAGCUCUUGCACGAUUACCCUACAAAGUGGUCCCAAAGGUGAUGGUUGAAUGUCUUGGACGUCGAGCCGUCGAGCUAUUGAAUGUCUUUCCCCAGAAAGACAGUAUUUCCUCACAUUUCAGUCCACAGCAACUCAUUGAUAAUGUCAAUAUCAACUACAAGAGUGACAUGGUUGCUGAGCUUGGACACGUGUUGAAGCUUGGGGCUGCUGCCAAAGGUGUUACCUCCAUGAAGUUCUUCAAUAAGAAGAGAGAUUUGGAGACAUUUCAAGAUGGCAAUCAAAUUGCAGGAGUGGAUGACACGGAACAAGGUUACUUAGAGGAAGCCUUUGAUCAGGACUAUGAACCUGAAGAUGAAGAUGAGCGUGAUUUUAACCUACAUGGACAAUUUGAUGAUAUCGAUGACUCCAAAAGAAAUGAGCUCUUGGCAGAUGCAGACAAUGAUGUCGAUGAUAUGCCAGAACUCACUGUCAGAUUCCAAGGAGCUGAUGACUAUGAAUCAGAUGACAACAAUUUGGGUGAUGAAGGCGAUGAAGAGGAAGAACCUAUUGUGGCCGAUUUGGAUCACCAUCAAGAAAAUGUCAAUAGAGGAACCAAUGAUAUUGGAAGCCUCGUUACUGAUCUGGAGGAUCUACAAGAACCGCCAGAAGAAGAGAUUGUACUUGAGCCUGAAGAGCCUCAAGUAGCAAAAGUAACUCAAUCUGGGCAAACGUAUGUGCAAGCUGCGAUGUCAGGGCUGAACCUUUCUCAAGUUCCAAAGAAACCAAGAGGAUCGCCUUUGAGCAGGAGUGGCAGUUCUGCCAAUAAGAACAAAAAUCGAGUUGCGACAAGACGCAAGCAUCGAGAGAGGGAAAUGAAACCGUUAAAGGAAAAAUUGAAGUCUGGUAUUCGUAAGAGGGAAGUUGCAGUACUAAAGACAGUAAAGCUAUCCUUGAAGCACAGCACAAUCUAUUAUUACAUCAAUCAAGGACUGAAGAAGUUCGGUGACGAUGGAAAAGAUGCUGUGGAUAAGGAAUUGAGACAAAUGCUCCUGAGAGAUUGUUUUACUCCCGAAUUUGUGAAAGACGUGACUGCGUCUGAGCGAAAGAAGGCCCAAUCAGCGAUGAUGUUACUUGCGAAAAAGCAAUUCAAAAAGACAAUUAUAGGUCGCCUAGUAUACCGAGGCAAUGGAACUUGUGAAUUGUUAUCACGAGAGGACACUGCAAGUCCAACUGCUUUGCAAGAAGCAAUCACCACUACUUGUGUUAUUAAUGCACACAAAGCUAAGGAAGGAGAAGAUCGUAUCUACAUGAAAAUCACUGGCAUGAUGGUCCAGAUAUUGAUUGACAUGGCCCCAGAGUAUCGCGAAUACAUUGUAUUAGAGAACGGAAAGCGAGUAAUCUAUGUGCGGGUACUACGUGCUAUAUAUGUGAUGUUGCAAUCGAGCCUCCGAUUCUAUAAUCAGUUUCGAAGUGAUUUGGAGGCAAAGGGAUUUGUUUUCAAUCCAUAUGACCCUUGUGUUGCUAACAAAGUUAUUGAUGAAAAACAACAAACUAUCAGGUUCCAUGUUGACGAUCUUAUGUCAAGUCACAUGGAUCCAAAGGUGAAUGACGAGUUUGCUAAAUGGCUGAACAUGAGAGGAUAUGGUUCAAUCAAGGAGUGCACAAUCAUCAGAGGAAAGAUACACAGAUAUCUUGGAAUGACUUUGGAUUUCUCGGUGAAAGAAAAACUCAAGAUCCGCAUGGACGACUAUGUCAAGAACAUGUUGGAAGAUUUUCCGAUCAAGUUCAACAAGGAUUCAAAACAGGAAACACCAGCUGGUAACGAUUUACUGGAGGCUGGUUAA